AUGACAAAAGCUACUGGAGAAAUUAGACAGCACGGUCCAAAUCCUGCUGGCCGUCUUUAUGUUAAAGCUGUAUUUACUGGUUACAAGCGUUCACAACGGAAUCAGCAUGAGCACACAGCCCUGCUAAAGGUCGAUGGUGUCUACAAUAAGAACGACGCUCAGUGGUACGUUGGUAAACGUGCACUUUACGUUUACAAGGCGCGUAACAAGGUUAGGUCGACAAACAAAGAACCGAGUCGAGUCCGUGCUAUAUGGGGAAAAUUGACACGCGUACACGGUAACGGUGGUACAUUGCGGGCUAAAUUUCAUCGUAAUCUUCCUCCACAAGCUAUGGGAAAACAUUGUGUUGCAUCAAAUGAAUUGAUCUCGACGGAAAUGGCGUGGUCAGAUGGUCUGACUGCCCUCAGUCUAUAUCACGGUCCGAGUAAUUCGAGUGGUAACGGCGAAGUUGUCGCUUGA